AUGGCAGGUGCUGGCGACGGGAUCCCCACCUUCAAGCUUGUCUUGGUAGGUGAUGGUGGUACAGGAAAAACAACAUUCGUCAAGCGCCAUUUAACCGGUGAAUUUGAGAAGAAAUAUGUUGCAACUCUUGGAGUAGAGGUCCAUCCUCUUAUUUUCCAUACUAACCGAGGACAAAUUCGAUUCAAUGUAUGGGACACUGCUGGACAGGAAAAAUUCGGCGGUUUACGUGAUGGAUAUUACAUUCAAGGCCAAUGUGCAAUCAUAAUGUUCGACGUAACAGCUCGUGUAACAUACAAGAAUGUUCCUAACUGGCAUCGUGAUCUGGUUCGAGUUUGUGAAAAUAUCCCGAUCGUGCUUUGUGGAAAUAAGGUUACGAUGGAUCCAGCUAUGGUUGCUCAGUACGAAGACGAUUUGAGAAAAGCAGGAGAGGCUGACUUGCCCGAUGAUGAUGACGAUCUCUAG